AUGCGGCCUGUUGACGUUACCCCCGCGAUCGCUGAAAAACUGUUGACUACCGUGUACAGCACGAUAAAGAUUGUUGGUCCAGCAAAGUUCAAAGUAGGCGACUCGGUACGCGUUAGCAAAUACAAAACAGUCUUCGAGAAAGGUUAUACACCAAAUUGGACCACGGAGGUGUUUAAAAUUGUUAAAGUACAGCGCACUAAUCCUGUAACAUAUCUGCUCGAUGAUUAUCGUGGUAAAUCUAUCGCUGGAGCAUUUUACGAGUAUGAGUUGCAUCGUGCGACUUAUCCAAACAUGUACCUCGUAGAGAAAGUAUUACGCAAAAAGGGGAACAUGGUUUACGUCAAGUGGUUGGGAUUCGACGGAUCACACAAUUCUUGGAUUCACAAAGACAAUAUUACAUAA